CUAAAAGUCUGCUCUCUGAUAGUGGGCGUGGCUUAGAGUUCACAAAAAACUCUCGUCAGCAGCAGCGAAGCGCAUCGGCUGUUGUGUAGCAAUGUGGUCAGUAGUUCGACUUCGUUCGAAACGAUCACAUCCUAUGACGAAGAAGACGGCGACGACACAAAACGAUCGACAACGAAAUCUUGAAAGGCAGUUUGGCCCUUAUGAGCCGAACAACAAGCUGCUAAAAUCAUUGUAUUGGGCCCUACGAGGAUGCCAGUACUGGCUGUGCUUCUACGAUGAUGAAGUUGAAGUCGAUAUCGAAGAUCUCCUAUCGAAUCCUUUCAACACUCAACCACCAUCAUUGGAUCGACUACAGCAAAUGACCGGUUUCGACAAGAAAUGGCUCAUGUUCAUGUAUAGGAAUUUCAAACAGAAAUGUUCCAAUGGGCGUAUGAUGGGCUAUCAGUGGCGAUCGAUAUUUCGAAUGUUAUUUCCACAUGCAAUAGAUUAUCAGUUCGCAGAUCGACUAUAUCAAGCUAUUUCUCAGCUUCGUGGACAUCCACAUAUCACUUUUGAGGACCUAAUAGUAUGUAUAUGGCAACUUACUGAAGGAGGCGCUAUCGCUUGUCAAAGCAAUCAAGAUCAUGAGCCGGAUAUCUCUGUCAAGGCAGCUUUUGUAUUCGCUAUGAUGUCACCUGAUGCAAAAGGACGAGUAGAUAUGUCGACAUUUCAAAAAUAUGUAAAUAGUAUAUUUACACUCUAUGGGAACAGAGAAGAUACAGAUAAUUCGUCAACGCUAGGAUUACCCACAUCAUUUCCUUAUAGACGGAAUACUAUGGCUUCUGAGCCUCGACCAGUGAGUCGCAACGUCAAGCGGCUUGCUGUGGAAAGAUUCAGGGCACUGGAUACCGAUCGCGAUGGGUACAUUACUGUACUAGACCUAGAGCGGGAAUUCAAAAAUAAUCGCAGCUUUACGAUGCUCAGCACUCGCGAUGUUGACGAAACUGCAGCGAGAUCUGAAGAAACCGGAUCUGGAGAAACCAAUGGAUCACAGGAGCAAAGUCAAUAA